GUGAACAUAUGGGACUUUGAAACCACAGUGGACCCCGAGUUCCAACUCUUCAUUUCAACACAGCUCUCGAAUCCAGUAUACAGUCCGGAGCUGUUGGCGAGUGCUGCGCUGAUUGACUUCAACGUCACUGUCAAAGGGCUUGAGGACCAACUUUUGGCGCGAGUGAUAACUCUGGAACGCGAAAAAUUAGAACGGUCUCGUGUCGAACUGUUGACUAACAUGGUCGCGAAUAAGAAGAAGGUCGAGCAACUUGAGAUCAAUCUCCUGUUCCGCCUAAAGAACAGCCAGGGUUCUCUGGUGGAUGACCUGGGUCUGCUUGAAGUGCUGCAGAACACGAAAAAGACUGCUGAAGCGGUGAUGAUACAGCUGGCUCAAGCUGCCGAGACGGAGGCCGAGAUAAACAAGGCGCGCGAGGAAUAUCGCCCGGUAGCCGAGCGUGGAGCCCUAAUCUACUUCCUCAUCCAGGACAUGGCCACAAUCAACAUCAUGUAUGAGUCUGGAUUGCGUCAAUUCCUCAAACUCUUUGACGACUCAUUAAUCAGUUCAGAGAAGUCUCCGGUUACGCAGCGGCGUAUAGCAAAGAUUCUGAAGUUUAUGCUGAUGCGUCUGUGGAAAUUCUUCACCCGAGGCCUCUAUAAGAAGGACACGGUGAUGUUCACUCUGACACUAGCGAUCCGGAUCGGUUUGCAGUUGAAUCAUGUACGCAAGGAGGAGGUGGAUGUGCUGCUCAAGGGCGGAUCUGCACUCAGCAUCCAGACAUGUCCACCCAAGCCGGCCAGGUGGAUUCCAGACAAUGUAUGGCUAAAUGUGAACGCCAUAAGCAAACUGAGGUCGUUUAAUGGCAUCGUUGAUCAGGUGAGUACUCAUAGCGAAGGACGGCACGCUGUUGAGAAGGGUCUUCUGACCGUUUCUCAAGUUCUUAACUUUUACCAUCUUUCCAUUGCCUACUUUGGCCUAAACUGCCAGAUUUCCACAAAAAAUAUCGACAAGAGUUAA